UUUUAUGUGGGCACGUGUCAGAUCCUGUCAUUUGGCGGGAAAGAUCUUGAUCGGAUAAAUGGCUCCAAAACGGCGGCGAUCGACGGAGGGUGAAAACAAAAAGGUAUUACAGAAACGUAAUAAGAAUUCUCCGGUGGUUGUCUUUGCUCACGGUGCCGGUGCCCCUUCAUCUUCUGAUUGGAUGAUUAGAUGGAAGAACUUGUUGGCUGAUGCACUAAAUGCUGUUGAAGUUGUUACAUUUGACUACCCUUACAUUUCUGAAAGGAAGCCGCCUCCCAAAGCAGAAAAACUGGUUGAGUUUCACUCAGAUAUGGUCAAAAAGACCGUUGAAAAGUACCCACAACAUCCUCUCAUUUUGGUUGGAAAGUCCAUGGGUUCAAGAGUUGGUUGUAUGGUAGCUGCUAAGAAUGAUAUCGAGGCUUCUGCUGUAGUUUGCUUAGGGUACCCUUUAAAGGGUACAAAAGGAACCAUUCGUGACAAGCCCCUCUUGGAACUUACAGUUCCUACUAUGUUUGUACAGGGCACCAAAGAUGGGCUUUGCUCACUGGCUUCACUAGAACAAGUUAGGCAAAAGAUGAAACCUUUGAACACAGUGCAUGUGAUUGAAAAUGGCGAUCACUCGUUCAAAAUUGGAAAAAAGAAUCUUGAGGUGGCAGGAAUCACGCAAGAAGAAGCAGAAGAACAAGCUGUUCGAGCAAUUGGAGCAUUUGUGUCCCAAAUCAUCAACACGAGGUGAUCACUGCUACUGCCUAAGUAAGUUUAUAUUGCAUAUGUAGAUAUUAUGGUGGUAAAUCUAAUCUUUUUUGAAACUUUUAACCUGUUAGCAACUUCUUUAUGUAUGUAACAUCAUAUCUAGUUGGUUAUGAAACUCUUGUCUUUAUCUUUA